CUCGGGAUCGAGUCACUGUCUGUUCGGGAUCAAUCUUGAUCUGUUUCAUGCCCCGUUUGUGUCUGCUUCAGCCUCAAGCAGGGCGCUAGAUCCAUCUGUUCGUCAUUCGUCGUUGCCAUCCUCCAACCGAAUGCACGGUAUUUGUUACAGAUGAGUUCCCUCUCAAGUAAGUAAAUAAUACGUACGUACUCAUCUCAGUCCUCACCUGUUCCAUGUCACGUAGCCACACCACCAAUUCACUAUCCAUCGCCACAGCAAGAGGUCGGGAUCCCACCGCAAUGCCACGCGCUGUAAUCCAUACUCUUCAUGCUCCAGGUUCGUCGAUGACGAUCAGCUUGUGCGGGACCCCGAUUGGUCCCAACCAGGGCGUCUUGAGGGAGAUAUUCGACGCCUCCACCUGCACGAACCACCUGGUGGAAACCGGCAUUGUCGUGCCGCUCGCGGCCGCCCUUGCGCUCCGGUUCCUCGCCGACUUCCCCGGGACCAGACCGUCCUCCGCCGCACGACGCUGGCUUUUCUGGCCCAGUUCACCGCUGCAGCUGGCCGCCGUGGCGUUCAACGGCUGCUUGGGGCUGCUCCAUCUUCUCCUAGGCCUGUGGAUGCUGCUGGGGAGCAACUCCGACGACGAUCUGGAUCCCUCUGUUCACCCACCGCACUGGUGGCUUGCGACGCUGUCCCAGGGAUUCAGCUUGGUCCUCGCCGGCUUCGCUUUCGCCGCCGGGAGCCGGUUCCUCGGGCCGGCAUUUGCUCGAGCAUGGUCCUUCUCGCUGACCGUCUACGCGGCGUUCGUCUGCUGUUCCUCGGUUGUCUCCAUUGUUGUCGCCGAGAAGGCGAUCGCCGUCAAGGCUUGCUUGGAUCUCCUGUCGCUGCCAGGCGCAGUUAUGUUCCUUGUCUACAGCGUUCAGAGCAGCCAUGCCCAUGAUGAUCAAGACGGACAUGAAGAUGAAGGAUUAUACGAGCCAUUGAAGACGGGCGAUACAGCUGACGCCGAAGAGGUAGCCGCUGGUUCUUCAGAGAGCAGCCAGCAGCAGGGGGUAACCCCCUUUGCCAGAGCCGGCAUUUUGAGCCAGAUGACAUUCUGGUGGCUGAACCCUCUGAUGAAGACGGGCUACGAGAAGCCCCUCGACGACAGAGACAUGCCGCUGCCAUGCGCCGCAGACCGAGCGCAGAGCCAGUACUCGAUGUUCUUGGAGAGGCUGAACAACAACAAAAACAAGCAGACGUCACAUGACGGCACGCCACCAUCGAUCCUGCGGGCUAUCGUUUCUCAUCACAGGUGUGGGAUCAUGGUCUCGGGUCUGUUCGCCCUGCUCAAGGUGCUCACCUUGUCCACAGGCCCGCUGCUCCUGAGGGCAUUCAUCAACCUGUCCACCGGGAAAGUCACCUCCGAUUCCAGGCAUGAAGGCUAUACGCUGGCCGCGCUCAUGUUCAUCUGCAAAUGUUGCGAGUCGCUGUCGCAGAGGCAGUGGUACUUCCGCACGCGGAGGCUGGGGCUCCAGGUGAGGUCGCUCCUCUCGGCGGCCAUCUACAGGAAGCAGCAGAAGCUAUCGAGCUCGGCCAAGACGAAGCACUCCUCCGGGCAGAUCAUGAACUACCUCACCGUCGACGCGUACCGUGUCGGGGAGUUCCCGUAUUGGUUCCACCAGACAUGGACGACGGUCGUCCAGCUCUGCGUCGCCCUGGCGAUCCUUUACAGCGCGGUCGGCGCCGCCAUGGUCUCGUCCCUGGUCGUCGUCGUCAUCACCGUGCUCUGCAACGCUCCGUUGGCCAAGCUGCAGCACAGGUUCCAGAGCAAGCUGAUGGAGGCCACGGACGCGAGGUUGAAGGCCAUGUCCGAGUCACUGGUGCACAUGAAGGUGCUGAAGCUCUACGCGUGGGAGGCUCACUUCAAGAAGGCCAUUGAGGAGCUGAGGGAGGUCGAGUGCAGGUGGCUGUCGGCGUUCCAGCUUAGCAGGGCGUACAACAGCGUCCUCUUCUGGUCGUCGCCCGUCUGGGUCUCGGCGGCGACGUUUCUGACAUGCUACCUUGUGGAGAUCCCUCUCGAUGCCAGCAACGUCUUCACCUUCAUCGCGACCCUGCGCCUGGUGCAGGACCCGAUUCGGGCCAUACCGGAGGUUCUUGGAGUCGUGGUGCAGGCUAAGGUUGCUUUCACUCGGAUAGAGGAGUUUCUAGGCGCACCUGAGCUGAAUGGACGAGCCAAGGAGAAAUGCUCCGCUGUGGGCACCGGUUACCCGGUAGCGAUGAACUCGUGCGGCUUCUCGUGGUGCGAAGAUCCAUCAAAGCUUAAUCUGAAGGAUAUAAGCUUGGUGGUUAAAGCCGGGGAGAAGGUUGCGAUCUGCGGAGAGGUAGGGUCAGGAAAGUCGACGCUUCUGGCUGCCAUACUCGGAGAGGCCCCGAGAACCCAAGGCACGAUUCAAGUCCGCGGGAAAAUAGCAUAUGUGUCACAGAACGCAUGGAUCCAAACCGGAACCGUGCGGGAGAACAUCCUCUUCGGGUCUAGUAUGGACAGACAAAGGUACCAGGAAACGCUCGCGGUGUGCUCGCUGGUGAAGGACCUCGAGAUGUUGCCGUACGGAGACGACACUGAAAUCGGGGAGAGGGGAGUGAACCUGAGCGGCGGUCAGAAGCAGCGCCUUCAGCUUGCUCGUGCGUUGUACCAAGACGCAGACAUGUAUCUCCUCGACGACCCUUUCAGCGCCGUCGAUGCCCAUACAGCAACCAGCCUCUUCAACGAAUAUGUCAUGGGCGCUCUUUCAGACAAGACUGUUCUUUUGGUCACCCACCAAGUCGAUUUUCUACCCGUCUUCGACUCCAUUCUGCUGAUGUCAGAUGGGGAGGUUAUCCGGUCGGCACCUUAUCGAGAUCUAUUCGCGGACUGUCAAGAAUUCAAAGACCUUGUAAAUGCCCAUAAGGAUACCAUUGGGAUUUCAGAUGUUGAUAACAGUGUUGCUCCGCACGGAGCAAACAGAACAUCAACAAAGGAUAAGCAUCAUAUUUAUGCAAAUGGAUACACAAAGUCUGAGGAGCCAUCACCAGCACGCCAACUGAUCAAGGAAGAGGAAAGAGAGACAGGAGACACUGGACUUAAGCCCUACAUGAUCUACCUGCGCCAGAACAAAGGCUUCAUGUAUGCCUCCCUGUGUGUCAUCUCUCACAUGAUCUUCAUAGCUGGGCAAAUAGCGCAGAACUCCUGGAUGGCGGCGAAUGUCCAGGAUCCCCGUGUCAGUACACUGAGGCUAAUCACGGUGUACAUUGUUAUCGGAGCUUGCACAAUGCUGUUUUUGCUAUCAAGAUGUCUAUCGGUCGUUGUUCUCGGGGUCCAGACGUCGAGAUCCUUGUUUACCCAGUUACUCGAUUCGUUGUUCCGUGCACCGAUGUCCUUUUAUGAUUCUACUCCUCUAGGAAGGGUCCUUAGCCGGGUCUCUUCCGAUUUGAGUACUGUCGACCUUGAUGUUCCGUUUGCUUUCAUGUUUAGCCUUAGUGCCAGCUUAAAUGGAUACAGUAAUCUGGGGGUAUUGGCUGUUGUUACAUGGCAAGUUCUAUUUGUGUCGGUGCCAAUGAUAUUUUUAUCAGUUAGGCUACAGAGGUAUUACUUAGCCUCGGCUAAGGAAUUGAUGCGGAUCAAUGGCACCACCAAGUCUGCUCUGGCAAAUCACCUAGGCGAAUCGAUUUUGGGGGCUAUAACCAUAAGGGCCUUCGAGGAAGAAGAUCGUUUCUUUGAUAAAAACUCUGAUCUUGUUGAUAAGAAUGCUAUCCCCUACUUCUACAACUUUGCAGCAACAGAAUGGCUGAUUCAACGCCUUGAAAUAAUGAGUGCUGCAGUCCUUUCUUUUUCUGCAUUUCUCAUAGUUCUUCUUCCUCCAGGAACUUUUAGCCCCGGUUUUGUGGGAAUGGCACUGUCGUAUGGUCUUUCCCUAAAUAUGUCUUUUGUUUCCUCUAUUAGAAAGCAAUGCAACUUUGCGAAUCAAAUAAUAUCCGUGGAACGGGUGAACCAGUACAUGGACAUUAAAAGUGAAGCAGCAGAAGUUAUCGAAGAAAACCGACCAGCACCAGAUUGGCCUCAGAUCGGUAGUGUAGAGCUUAGAGAUUUGAAGAUUAGGUACAGAAAAGAUGCUCCCCUUGUACUGCAUGGAAUCAGUUGCAAGUUUGAAGGUGGAGAUAAGAUUGGUAUAGUUGGUCGAACAGGAAGUGGGAAGACAACGUUGAUUGGCGCAUUGUUUCGCCUUGUCGAACCAGCUGGAGGGAAAAUAUUUAUCGACUCUUUGGACAUCACAACGAUCGGCUUACAUGACCUGCGUUCAUGUUUGGGCAUCAUCCCACAAGAUCCGACCCUUUUUCAGGGUACUGUAAGAUAUAAUCUAGACCCUCUUGGGCAAUUCUCAGAUCAACAAAUAUGGGAGGUUCUUGAUAAAUGUCAACUUCUCGAAGCUGUCCAGGAGAAAGAACAUGGAUUGGAUUCACCUGUUGCGGAAGACGGAUCGAACUGGAGCAUGGGACAGAGGCAGCUCUUCUGUUUGGGACGUGCACUUUUGAGAAGGUGUCGCAUCUUAGUUCUUGAUGAAGCCACGGCAUCUAUAGACAAUGGAACAGAUGUCGUCCUUCAGAAGACUAUUCGAACAGAAUUCACACAUUGCACCGUUAUUACGGUCGCACACCGUAUACCGACAGUUAUGGACUGCGAUAUGGUACUUGCAAUGAGCGAUGGGAAAGUAGUGGAGUAUGACAAACCUACAAACCUAAUGGAAACCGAAGGAUCUUUCUUCCGCGAGCUGGUCAAGGAGUACUGGUCAUACACAUCAAACGGAAACAUAUAGGGCAUUUGUUUUAUUCACAAGAUUCUUGUAAGGCAAUAAUAAGAAAGCCGACAGAAUUUGACAGGAAUUAAUGUAUGUAGAAAGCAGAGGAAUCCAAGCAGUGGUGUAUUCAGGUAACAUACUUCCUGUGCUAAAUAUAGACCCUUACCGCUGACACCAUACCGCACUCUAAAAGGAGGUGUUGGCGGGACAUUGGUUUUCAUACGUUUUCGCUAUGGAAGGGGAUACAAAGGAAACUUGCAAACUUGUCCUUUGCUAAUACCUGUAAGAAUCAAGGGUGCUGCAGUAACCAGAUCCAUAGGAAUGCGAAUCCAAAAUGUAACUGGGAAAAGCUAUCUGUUCUUUCAGAAUACUGACAGUUGAGUGCUGCCACAAUUCAUGGUGCCACGAGCAGAGAUCUUUGUGUCGAAUUAGACCCU